CUUUCAUAUUUUACAAAGAGUACUAGUGUUAUGAAAUGGGGUGUAAUAUUACUGUUGUCACGGUUUCACAACAAGCUUUUCAGUUCGUAUCAGUAUUUGAUGGAACAGAUGUCAAAUUACUUGGAAACUCAGCCAGAAAGAGAAGCAACACUGUCAUCUGUAAGGGAGCAUCUUUUGCUUGUCAUGGAAGAAAAGUGUCUAAACCAGCGAAAGAUUAAGAAGUUUUACGAGCUGUUACAAACCACAGGAUUAACAAAGUUUUACACGCGCCCUCACACAGAGGUGUAUGGUCACUUUGCCGAAGACAGGCACAAAGUAGGAGUAGAACGACAAGUACGGGUGGUAAAGUUGCUCAAAACCUACAAGGAGCACAUGCAAGAACUCGAAGAUAACGAACAAGCAGAGCCUGAACUACUUCUAACAGACAACCAAAUGACCGCAGAGCAACCAUGGCUGAUGCAGAUCUACAGAUUUAUGCGAACUGGGGUAUCAAAAAUUGAAAUCAGCAAAUCCCUACAGCUUACUGUACUUGAAGUUCAACGAUACAUCAACAAGCUUGUGAAAGAUAAACAAAUUGACACAUACUUCCAUUCUGAGGGAAAGCUCAAAUAUAGAAGGUAUGUUGCAGUGAAUCAAGAACCAAAUCUUAGCCAAUCAGAGAAAGCUGUGAGGCAGGAAAUACAAGAGUUGAAGUUACCAAAUUUUGAUCUUCAAUCAAAUACAGCAUCAACCAGUGAUGUUCCAGUGAUAAAAGCUGAAGUUGAGACAAUUACACCUGAAAAGAAAACAGAGCUCAAUGUCUGCGGUACUCGUAUGUCCAUUAAAGAAAAUAGAAGGAGGAAGAUAAUCCUAAAGGAAUUGGAACAGUCAAAAGUAGUCAAUGGAACACAUUGUCUGAGAAAGUUAAUAAUGAAACAAGAGAAAGAGGAUGGGCAUUCUGAGAUUUGUGCUGCUAAAACAAUGCCUAGGUUAAUCAAAGGACUAAAAAGGGAUGGCCUUUUGAACGUCAUUCACACGGUAGUUCCUACAACUGAUGAAAACGGUCCGAAACAGUUAAUGCUGAUCACUGUACCGGGUUUACCAGAAAACGACGAACUAGUUCAUAACGUCAUUAAGGCUACACAGUUUAAAGCGUCCAAUCAGAAGACAAAGCUUCAUAAAACUGUUUAUCGAGCCCAGCAAAAGAAGAAACGAGCCAACCGUUUAAAGAAGAUAAUGAAGAACUUUAGUGGUCAAUCUGAAGAUGAGGAAAAGGUCACAAAGAAAGCGAGUGCAAAGACAGCUACUGUCAAAGAGGAAGUCCCAUCAUAUGUAGAUGUUCGUACAGGACAACCAUCAUCUAGUGAUCAACAAAGUCAGGGCUACAUGCGGAAAAUGGCACGAUCCAGAAUCAUGUACACUUAUAUUUGGUACCUUCUUUACGGACACCCACAACGCUCAGAAUCGAACAUGCUUGAUGUUGAUGAUCUUGGCUUAAUAAAGACCAGAUGCAAAAGAACUCAGCCAUCACCAGCAAAGUAUGGUCAGAAUUUUAAAGCAAAUGUUAAUCAGUCACAGAAACUGAUUCCUAAUACCAAUGCCACAGGUCCUCCUGCAACAAAUGAAAUCAGUGAGCUGAUGAAUAUGGUAGAAGAAUCUUCUGGUAUGCAGUGCUCAGAGCCGUCAACAUCCUCUGAAGUAUUAGCCAAUGCUGCAUUAGAUGAGGAAAAUCUUGUAAAUAACCUAAAGGUGUACUGUGAUGAAAUGUCGUGGAAGAGGUUCCUACCACCUCUGCCACGCUACACAAAGUGUGCGGAAGGAUGGUUUUACGUCACUGAUGUCAUUAUGAUUAUGCCAUUGACCAUAUUCUGCAGUUUGAUCAUGCUCUCAGUGAAGAUUCACAACCUUCAUGAUUAUCUGAAUGAUCCUUACAAGAAAUACAUCCCAUUGAUGUUCCUACCAGAGGAGCUACAGCAGCACUUGUGUUACCGUCGCAAGUACAUCCACUCCUUCCACCAGGGCCUGCAGAGGAUGUGCCAAAUGGGUCUGCUGACAUUUGGUCCUUCAGAAGAUUUCUUUGACAAAGAUCAGGUCUUCUGCUAUCUUCAUAAGAAGGGAACGAUAGUGGACACAACAUCUUGCAAGAAGCACUAUAACAUAGUGAAUCCAGGCCACUAUCCAGUUAAGCAUUAUACAAGGAAUUCAGAAGCUGUUGUUAAUCAGUUCUUCAGAGAUCUGCAAGUUAUCUGUCUGAACACUCCAUUGGGUUUAUCAAGGCGAGAUCGAACUUUAGGAUUGCCCAAGAAUUCGUUAGAGGAAAAGAUGAUGAUAAAAGAAUUAGUUCUAGAUGUUGAUGACAUUUCUGUAGUCCCAGAAGAUACAGGGAAACUCCCUGGGAAUGGCCAAGGAGCAGCUGGGUUAGAUUCAAGGAUCUAUGCACAUCUGAGGAAGAACUGGAGUUUACCCCCACCACCCAUGCAAUCCACCAGCAAGAAAUAUAAAUCAAGACAAAAGAUGAAGAUAGAUAUGCUCAAAGCCAGAAAAAAUCGACAUAAAGCUCUUGGAAAGAAAUCUGUUUUGAAAGCACUGAAUGUCACCAUAAGUGAAAACCAGAAAGGUCGUCAUGAGAAGGUUAAAGGCGGGCGUGGUCUGAAACGCCCAAAGCCACCUGCUGAGACGGCUCCAAAAAAGAAGCUGGUCAAAAAGGUAAAGAGUAAACCAGAAGAAAAACAGUUAGUUUGCAUUGGACCUAGAUCAAAAAUGAUACUGAAAAGAAACCGAUUCGAUUGGAACCAAGAAGAAGAUGAAUUGAUGAUGAUGUUUCAAGUAGUAACCUUGUUGCUUGCUAAAAAGAGAGCUGGUUUCUUUAUACCGUGGUGCUUUCGCCAAGAACUCAUGCACAAGUAUAUUCCGAGUUCGGAGAAUAAAAACACUAAUGGCGUUAUGAGAAGGUCUCAGUAUUUAUUAAAAUCUCAAGCUUUCUGUAUAUUAGUAGCAAAGCAUCUUGCCCAGCUUGAAAAUGAUGAGGUUAUUUCUGAGGCUUUGAAAAAGAAAAUUGAUUAUAGAAGCAACGAAGCUUGUGAGAGGGAGUAUGCUGAGUUGUUGGAAUUAACUAUACAGAGACUGAGGAUUGAACCCGAGAUCGAACAAUUUCCAUCAACAUUAGAGAAGUUCCAUGACAUGUACGACACUUUCAUAACUCCGGAAAUGUUGCGGCUUCUUCCUCGUUACAAGAUUCCACGACAGGUGAAAUGGACGUCAACAGAUUUGGAAGAAAUUAAGAAACUUGUAUUGCGACAGGCUGUAAUGGCUAGUUUCUUUUUGAUUGAUCGACCGGUGUUAUUCAAUCCUACCCAAGCAUUCUACGUAUUCAACCAGUUCAAGGAAGACUUCUUGUUAGAAGUCGUUGAAGCAAUUAAGGAUGCGUACCUAACAACACGGAAUCGUUUUCGUCGAAGAAUCCGAAGGGUGCUGCCGUGUACGGCGAUGUCGCUGCAGGUGUCUGGAACCUGCCGGAAGACCUUCGACAGCACGAUCACAAGUCGCGUCGUUAAAGAAGCUUAUGAAUACAUGCAAUCUUUAGAUGAGAAUCAAUAUGGAAAGACUACGCCAUUUAAUGUACCAAUCGCUGCCACAUGUGGGCAGGUUGCUUGCUUUAUAUCUAUGUUGAGCUGUAACUUGGUUACGUAUACUAUCCAAGUUCCUGAUCAAGUGAUUUUACUGGAUAGUUCAUUCAUCAACAAAGCAACUCUAGAACGUACAGCAAAGUUGAUGGGAAAUGCUGAAGAAUCAUCAGAUGAAUCUGAUGGUGAUGAGGAUGUUGAUCCACAGCAAGGUCAAAAAGAAGAGCAACAGACGACCUCAAAGCAACAAUGUGGCCCCGCCGAAGAUGAAACACAAGGCUCCUAUCCAAUGUACAAACGUAUGACACGCAUCCAGAAGAUAAGUCAUGCAUUUGAGGAGAAACAGAUGGACCAGAGAACAGCUGCACAAGAGGAGGAACCAGCUGCAGAUAACCAGGAGCAGAAUCAAGUAAAUGCAACAUUUGUCAAUACCGAACAUAGCUACACGCAAAUGAUGCCAACUAUUUCAGAAAAGCCAGUAGCAUCGGAAGAUGCAGCACCACUAAUAGCUCCGAAGAAUUCUGGAACUUCAGCUGAGAAAGACUUACGAAAGCUGAGACAAGAUCCCAGAGUUUGCUCCACCCGAACAGACUGGUUCCUUCUACAGGGACUCACGGAUGAAGGAACGUCAGACGAUGGCAGUGGGAUGUUGGAUGCCAUUAUGUUAAAGCCUUGUCAGAUUGAGAUAAAACUAAGCACACUGUUGCAAGAGAAUAUGCAUCAUUGUAAUAAAAAUACUUCACUGCCACCCGAUGAUCAUCAGGUUUUUGACAACACUGAUGAAAUGAAUCUGUACUCUUUGAAGGAGGAUUUUCUCAUCAUUGAGCAAAGAGGUGAAGUUAAAGAGGAAUGGACAACUCUGGAACAAUUUGAAUCAACUAAGUUUAUACCUAUACCUCUAAUGAAGAAAAAUCUGAUAAAGGAUAUAAUUCCUACACUUAGCAAGGAAGAGUCAACAUUAUUUCACUUAAUCUCCAACAACUGUUACCUUGGGUUAACAGCACCUGAAAUCAUUACCUCUGAGCACCAUCUAGAUGUUAAUGGAUUGAUUGAAAAUUUGCACAAGCUCAUGAAGAAAAAACUAAUUUUUCGAGUUGGCCUUGAUGUUCACCGCUACGUUGCCGUCCACUACUGCGAUUUUUGGAGUAUAUCAUCUGCACAGUAUACAUCAAUCACCUCCAGUGAUGGCCCCACACCAAAGGUAAGGCGAAAAUUAACCAAAGAAAUGAACAGCAGUGAAGAAGUAAUCGUGGAGGAAGUGGUAUCUAUGGAAAUGGAGAAAACAUAUGUGCCUGCCAAUGACGAGAAAAAAGAUGAAGGUGUGAAAGUUACUACAGAUGGUACGAUUUCUACUAAUGAAAACAUCCAAAAUGAUGAAGCUGUGGAAGUUACUACAGAGACGUUAAUAAAUGUAGCUGAUGAAUUUCAAACAGACAACUCAAAGGAGCCAGAUGUUGUAGUCCAAGAAGCAAAUUGUAAAAUUCCAACUUCCAAUAUCAACUCUACAACAUACUUGAACAGUAACUCAGAUUUAAAAAUUCAAAAUCAAGUGUUUAAUGGGGAUAAUCCUGGAGGGACUCUUAAACCAUAUUCUGAAAACUCAAAAGAUAAAAGGGAACCAUCUCCACCUACAAAUGUCAGUAAUUUUGUGGGAAACAAGUCUUUUGGAAGCAGUUCUCUGCAAAAUAAGAUGUUAAACGACUUAAUUCAAGAAACGGUACCAAAGAGGAAAACAAGGAAGAGGAAAGUUGAUUUUGAUCCCAUCCUCUCGGCAGAUAUGAUAUUGACAAAGGAAACACAGAAGAUCCAAUUUAUACCUCGUCAGUGGUACAACUUGGGAGGAGAGGUGGAGAUGGACGAACUUGUCCGGUUACUUCAAAAACUUGCAUUAAUUGUUGUUUCUAAACCCGGAAUACCAGAGAAGGACAUCAUAAAACAAUUACAUCUUGUUCUUUCGCCAGUAGAGUGUAAAGAAAUUCUCCAGAUGCUUCUGCAAGCAGGAUGUAUUACAAAACAUCUUAUCCCUAAGCUUCCAUCGCCGUUUCCAUUUAGCAAUCAAUCAAAUUCUAACGAAUCAGUUCACGAAUAUUACUUCAUUCCAACUACUGAUUGUCUGCUACGAAUUGCUGCCUAUGAACGUUAUAAAACCGUAACGGAUACUGAACCGGCUGAAAACCAGGACGUAAAUCAGUCCUCAAUUGAGACUGCUGUGAAGUAGAUUUUUAAAGUUAUUUAGAGCAAAUAGACCAAGAAAUCAGGGCCGCUGAGAGCGGACUUGGCCCCAAGGCAGUGUAACUGAGUCCCCAGUGGCUGCAGCAAUGGCGUGCUAGGGUUCAUGAGUAAAUUCCUGUACAAUAUUGCCAAUUCGUAGUUUAAAAUGCCCAUGACUAUCCGAGGUCAAUCAAUAUAAACCUAUGUUGUGUGUAUGUUUGUUUAUGUCAAUUGAACUUGAUAUGGGCAUGUGCAGUUCAAACUACCAAUUAGCUUAUUACCACCCUCUCAACACUGUUGCCUAAGAUUGACAAUAGCCAAUAAAUACUUUGAAGACUUUAUUCGUUAUAUAUGAUCAAUUCAAUUUCAUCUUGAAAAUUUGCCUUGAAAAAGUGCAUUAUCUACUGGAGAUUUUAAUCAUGGAGGAAUUACCUUUUUAAUUAACCCAUUUUCAUGUAAAAAGCAAUCACACAAAUGAUACAAACUUUAGUAACAAAAACAUCACUAUGAUUUGAUUAACAAUCCCUGAAUAUAUGUUUCUAACUGGUAUAUUGGAGACCUUGGAAUUGUUAGUUAUGCAAGAUAUGAUACUGUAAGUAGCUGGCAUUAUGCAUUACUCUUUUCACUUACAAAUGACAUUUAGGCUACAAAAAGAGGUUGUUAAUUAUCACAUGUUCAUGUAAUAAUUUUUUACUGCUAUUGUUCAAUGCAUGCUUUCUGAUCUAAUAACAGAUUAAUGAUAGUAAUUGUACUGAUAAUUCCUGACUUUCGGCAGCGUUUGACAAUUAUGUUGACGAUAAUAUCGAUUUGGUUCAGACAGGCCUGUGCACAAACAAUGACCAAAUAUAGACAUGCUAUUUAAAACAUAUUAAUGUGAAUUCCAAAUAAGGCUAUUACAAAAUUAUCUGCAUGAUACUUCUUUGUAUCAUCCUCCAUAUGACGAUUCCAAUUCCGUAUAAAAACUGAACGAUAUUUAUUGUGGAGUUAAUGUACAUUGAGAGUACAAAGCGCUUUAUGAAAUAGUGUGCAUGAUACAUUUUUAUAGUACUCCAGAUGACGUAAAUGUCGUAUCAGAUUUAAUGAUGAUAAAAUAUUUCAUUACUGUUUGGCUACUUUACCAUACGAACUCUUCCCAUCCAAACACUAUUUUUACACACGAUAUUGUGAAAAUGAAAUAUCCUGUGUAUAAUAACGAAUAGUAUUACAUCAUAUGAUGGAGUAUACAUUAUGAAACUAGCUCUAAAUCAAGGUUUGUUUUUUUGGGGUUUUUUUCUUUUCGAUAGUAAAAUCAGUAAAUAUUUCUCAGUCUAUGCAAAGAAUAAAGUAUAUCGCAAAAGGAUGUUGUUAUACAUGUCUGUUAAUUGGCCAGGAAAACAUUUUUGUCUUCAUAUUAAAGCUAAUAAAUCUCAGUGUGAACUGUGCAUGCCCAUAUCAAGUCAAUCAACAUAAACAAACACCACAUCACAUACACACAACAUAGGUGUGUGUCGAUUGAACUCGAAUACGGGCAUGUGCAGUAAUGCAAGUCCAUACGAUGAGGAUACUAACUUUUCAUACAUGAGGAUACCAACCUUGUAUGCAGGGAGUUGUUAUAACAACUCCCAGCAUACACAAAGUACUCUAUAGCACCGAUUCAAUAUUAUCUGUAUUAGUUUACCAUAGGUUCUUUAUCAUUCAAUUUGCAUGAUAGAAAAAAAACCUGCCUUGUAUACCGUAGAAUAUGGACGUGUUUAUACAUUGUAAAUAUUGUUUUAUAUUCAAGGCAAAAUGAUAUUGUAGAAAUAAAAUCCCAGUGGUCUUCAGUUGUGCUCUGUUUACAGUAGACGUUAUAACUGUGCCUUUGUAUUUAAUAAAUUAUCAAAACUCUGAUAGCUA